AUGGCUAGUGUCACCUCUGCUGCCGUUGCCAUCCCAUCGUUCACCGGACUUAAGGCUGCCUGUGCGACCACUUCAAGAGUUAGCAGCACCACCGCUAAGGUGGCUGCGUCUCCGGUCCCGAGGCUCGCCGUGAAGGCGUCACUGAAAGAAGUGGGUGCUGUUGUUGUUGCUACUGCAGCUAGUGCAAUGCUUGCCAGCAAUGCCAUGGCCCUGGAGGUCUUGCUCGGUGCUGAUGAUGGAUCUUUUCUUUUCAUUCCAGCCAACUUUUCAGUGGCUUCUGGAGAGAAGAUUGUGUUCAAGAACAACGCUGCUUUCCCUCACAAUGUUGUGUUCGACGAGGACAAAGUUCCGGCCGGCGUCGAUGCAGCGAAGAUCUCCAUGAGCGAGGAGGACCUCCUCAAUGGACCAGGAGAGACCUACUCGGUGACCUUGACCGAAAAAGGCACUUAUACUUUCUACUGUUCACCUCACGUGGGAGCAGGCAUGAAGGGCGAAGUGACAGUCAACUAA